AUGACGACAUCUGACGGAACAAACCCGAAGCAGAAAGCUGCCGCUUUCGACAUCGGUACUGUUUUGCACGCAGCAUUUACCAGCGGGGACCUUUGCGAUGUGGAGUUCCUGGUCGGGAGUCAUUACGGGGAAGAUAAGAAGAUCUUCCGAGCGCACAAGACUAUUCUGAGCUUGCGCAGCCCGGUUUUCCGGGCCUUGUUCUACGGCAGCUUACCCGAUCCCUGUGAGCGGCCUGUUGAGGUUCCCGAUGUUCAUCCUGAAGCAUUUGCCAAUAUGCUCAGCUAUUUGUAUGCCGACCGCGUUGACCUCAACCGCGAGACGGUCUUCCCUACGCUGUACUGCGCCGACAGAUACGAUGUGCCAGGGCUCCUCGACGCCUGCUUUCAGUUUGCCAUCAGGGCUCUUGACGUGCGCAGCUGGACUUG